AUGAUCGGCGUGCUCCCCAUCUUCCUAGCAGAAAUUGCAAGCAGUACAUACUCCCAGCCAACUACGGAGACGAGGACCGACACAAACUACCACAGCGAUACCGGUGUCCUCAAAUUUGUCAAUCCCCUCAUCGGUACCUACGGAGUAACACCAGAUGGCAACGGGGGCAUGAUCCCCUCCGUCAGCCCCCCCUUCGGUAUGACCCGCUGGACACCGCAGACUCGCGAGAACUUCAUCUCGCAAGUGCCCUACGGCGACAGCGACCGUCUCAUUCAUGGGUUUCAAGCCACGCAUCAGCCGGCUAUCUGGAUGGGCGAAGCUGGCCAGAUUGUGGUGACCCCAGGAAUUGGCGAAGUGCAGCCGCUGUUUCAAAAUAGGGGAUUGCAGUUCCGGAAGAAGGACGAAAGGAGUACUCCGUACGUCUAUGAAGUGCUUGUUGAUGCUGCGCAGCUCUUGGACCGUAACUGGAAUGCGACGGCUGAGGCUGUGGGUGAUGGGCCAGUUCCUGGUGGUGUGGGCUCUGUCCCGGAUGAGGUGAAGGAGGGUACUAAUGGGCGGACGCGGAAAAGGCAGAUUGAGUCUGUGCUGGGUAAUACAGAUAGUGAUGAGUAUGAGCGGUCAAUCCAGGUUGCGAUGUCUGCAGAUUCUCAUGUGGGACAUCUCCGAUUUGACUUCCAACACAGCUCUACUAAUGUGGAUGGUGAGGGUGAGCCAUGGGUGUUUAUCCAAGCUUCGCGUAUGAACUGGACAGGCGAAGUUCAUAUUGAUGCGAAUAGUCAGGAGGUCUACGGCUACAACACUGAGCGUCAGGAUUACCUCCUUGGACCGGACAAAGCAUCGUCGUUCAAAGGAUAUUUCGUAUCUCGCUUUUCAGAGCCGUUUACUGAAUUUGGUGUGACAAAUGGAGGCUCAGUUAUAAAUAAUGAGGUUCAGCGGGAAGGGAAUCUCACUGGUGCAUAUGUGAAAUUUGCUAACUCGACAUCCCGCGUCGAAGUGCGUACUGGUGUUUCGUAUAUCAACGUCGGACAGGCAAGGAAUAACCUUGACAUUCAGACCCCAGAUGAGCAUACCUUUGAGGAUACUGUUGAAAAAUUAAAGUCAGCCUGGCUUGGGAAGUUGGGUAGGGUAUCAAUCAAGGGCAUCAACAAGACCAAUCCGGAUAAUGACCCCCGCACUAUCUGGUAUACCGGCCUGUUCCAUGCCCUUCAGUAUCCAAGCGACUUUUCCGAACCAACAUCAAACCAGGAUGGGGCUCCGCGUGUCUUCUACUCAGGCUAUACCGAUAGUAUUCACACCGAGAACGACUCAUACUACCAGUCCUGGUCAAUCUGGGAUACAUAUAGAGCCGAGCACUCUCUCUUGACUCUGUUCGCACCGGAGCGUGUCAACAGCAUGAUGCGCUCCUUGCUACGGAUCUUUGAUUGGACCGGCUGGCUGCCGAUGUGGGCCAACUUGGUGGAGACCAAUAUUAUGAUCGCGACCAAUGUAGACGUCGUCCUUGCCAACGCUUUAGAGCGCGGAUUCAGUGGCUUCGAUAUUGGAAAGGCUUGGAAGGCUGUCAAGAAAAAUGCAUAUACUCCACCUGACCACGACACUGAUACCCUGUACUAUGAUCGUGAGCCCGGCACCUCAUAUGAGGCCCGUGCUGGACUCACAUCGUAUAUGAAGCACGGCUGGGUGUCCAAUGAUGGCUGGUCCGAGGCCGGCAGUCGCACAUUGGACUACGCAUUUAAUGAUUACGCAUGUUCGGUUGUUGCUGCCCAUGUGGGAGAAGACAACGCCACUGUGCAAGCCCUCAAGAAGCGAAGCAGGAACUACGCUUAUCUCUGGAACAACGAGACUCAAUUUAUGCAAGCGCGCAACGCGAAUGGGACUUGGGCUAAUAACGCCUUUGGAUGGACCGAAGGCGAUGAUUGGGUCUACACCUUUGAUGUGAUGCACGAUGUGGAAGGACUUGCCGGCCUUUUUGGUGGCCGUAAAGCCUUCCGGGACAAGUUGGAUGCGCAUUUCCGGGGCGGUCACAAUGACCACACCAACGAACCAAGUCACCAUGUGCCCUAUUUGUAUUCUGCUCUCGGUUAUCCCAGCCAAGCAGCCGAGGUAAUCAGAGACAUUGCUUGGGCCAACUACAAUACAACCAGUGGGGGACUGGGUGGAAAUGAAGACUUGGGUCAGAUGAGUGCUUGGUAUGUGUUCUCGGCGUUGGGAUUCUAUCCCGUCAACUCAGCCAGUGAUGAGUAUAUUGUCGGCACGCCAUUCUUUGAGGAGGUCUCAAUCCUCCUCCCUAGUGGAGCGAGCAGUGGCGGAGAAUCCAAUGGCAGAGAGAGGAGGCUUGAGAUUAGCGCUCCGGGGGCACCCACGAAGCCGUAUAUUGAUGGUUUAAAGGUCGAUGGGAAGCCUAUCAACGCCCCAAUUUUAAAGCAUAGUCAGCUUGUGAAUGCGGCGAGAAUCGAGUUUAAGAUGAGUGCUACACCCACUUCGUGGGGAAGUAGCCCUCUGUGGGCAACUUGA